AUGGCACCGACGGCACUACGUCCGAGUACGGCCGGCGUCGAUGCGAGGAUCAAAAAGAGGCGGGGCACGCCCGUCGCCUCACCUGGGCGGCCCUCGACGCCCUCGACGCCUUCGACGACGCCGCCGUCGCCGUGGAGCGACCUGCCCUGGGAGCUGCAGGACCACAUCCUCGAGCUGGCGGCGUAUGCCUCGACGGCGGGCGAGGACAAGGUGUCGCUGCUGCUCGUCUCGCGGCGGCACUCUGCGCGACUGGCGGGCGGCGUGUACCACACGGUGCUCCUCUGCUCGGUGCACGCGGUCGAGCGCUUCGCCGCCCUGGUGCGCUCCGACCGCGGCGUGGCGAGGCGGGUGCAGCGCCUCUGGAUCGGGCCCUCGAGCACGACGUCGGACCUCAUCACCGCCCUCUCGCCGCCGUCGCACCCGGAGAGCACGUACGUGACGACGCUGCGCGACUCGGCCCACGCCGCCACCCGCGCCGUGCUGCGCGCGUGCCGCCGCGUGCGCGACGUCGCCCUCGCCGGCGAGCUCGUCAGCCUCUCGGUCGCCCACACCUACGGUUCCGCCUGCCAGCCCCGCCGCCUCACCUCGGUCAACCCGCACAGCUUUGUCGGCGGCUUCUCGGCCGACAUCUUCCGCAGGGUCACGACGCUCCGCAUCGUCGAUACCAACCUGGCCGACGACGAGGUCGACGAGAUACGGACGCUCUGUGACCUCGAGUGGCUCAUCUGGUCCUCGCCAAAAGACUACGGCGACAUAUCCCGGGACACCAACGUGCUGCGUCGCCUGCUGUCGCGGCCGCGGCGCCAUCUCCUUCCGCUCGGCGACGGCGAGCGAUCGAUCGGGUUGGGCGAAAUCGGCGGCGAUGGCGAUGGGGACCCACCGACGCUGCCGGACCUGGCUGCCCUGCGCAUCUCUGACCCCGCCAUCGACGUCGACCCCGGGAGCGUGGCGGUGCGGCCGAGCAAAAACGACCACUUCCGCCUGCUCACCAUCUCGACGGCGUCCGAGCGCCAACGUGCCUUUCGCUCGGCGCUCGGCGCAUCGUUUCCCCUCGUCGAGCCCGAGUACACUCUCCCCUCGUGCCCAGGUCGCCACGACAACAACAACGUCGUCGACGACGACGACGACGAGUACGACAGGGAGACGGGCGUACCCUUCAUCCAGCCGACGUCGCUCGAUUCGCUCGUCGUCGAAGAGUGGGAUGCGCUGCGUGAUCUCAUCAACCAGGCGCACGCCGGCUAUGGCGUCGGCAUGCUCGGCCAGGACGAAGAGGGACGUGUCGACCCUUCGAAUGCACUCGCGCGGCAGAGGGACUGGUGGUUGCGCGAGGAGUGGGUAUGA